AUGGCCGCAUCAGCCAACAAAGUCGUCAAUAUUGACGACGAGAAUCAUCUUUUGGCCCACAUCACCCGAGAGAAUAAAGAUUAUUCUCCCCUCUUUAGGAAGAUCCCUACGGAGAUUCGUCUCAUGAUCUACGAAUUUGCCGUAGCCAUCGACGAGCCCGUCCGACCUAAGCAGAUAGCCCCUCGUUCGAACAAGUUUGCAUGGAAUACAUCCUCUCCGUGUCCCUCUAACUUGGAAUUCUCAAGUAUGAAGAUUCAACCUCUAGUAGUUGUUUCCCUUAGCCGCACCUGCCGCUCAAUCUACAAAGAGCUAGAAAAGUAUCCCGUUUUCUAUCGCGUUAACAGAUUUGAAUUCUGUUAUACCCAGGAUUUACACGCAUUCCUAGCUGCUAUUCUCCCCAAACGCCUGGCAAUGAUCCGUACCAUUCGCCUUCUACCUGGAUGCCAUUGGGCGGAAACAUGGGCCGCAGAUCAGGUGCAUUAUCAUCAGCAUGAAGCAAGGCGUCGCAAACAGGCUGCCACUAUUGGUCAUAUCCUAGCUCUUCUAAAUCGAUGUGAACAUCUUGAAGAGUUAUCUCUCACCAUCCAGCAGGACAAGUAUUUCAACGUGGCAGAACGGAUCUAUAAAUGGGAUGAACUUGCAAAUGGUUCUCAUAAAGCACCGGCUUUUAUCAACUUGAAGAUCUUCAAUGUCUUCAUGCGCUUUACUCUCGAUGGAGAAGAGUUCCAGUUGAAAGAGGCCCUUCGUCAUUCACUGCUUCGAGUUGAUGCUGAGGCAACUCGCAUCCUUUCUGCUAUCUCCCGUGGUCUGGCCGCACGUAACAGAGCUUUUGCACUACAAGCCAGACGUGACGAAGAAAAAGGCAAAAGCGACGAAAAGGAAGACAAACGUCCUCAGUGGCAAAAAGACAUGGGCACUGAAACUUUGAUCAAUGCAGCUAUUGAAGCUGCACCGGUGGACUUUGCGGGUGAAAACCGUAUCGCACAGGAUAUGCAUCUCAUGGCGGACAGAGUUUCAUCCCGUACUAGACGCAAGGGCCAGGUUGUGAACUCCAUAGGAGUUGUACAUCGCGAGGUGCCCAAGCAUAACGCAGACGGACUGUUGGCAUGGAAUUACAAGCAGGUAUUAGAUAUCCGCUGGGGCGAUUCUGGAGAUGUGGAACUUUGCAUGCUCUGGGGCUAUCCUUCUAGGGACCCCAUGACCUCUUGGGAAUCUUUUCACGCUUUACCAAAGGACCGUCAGGGUGAGGAGAGUAUCCUCAGUUUCUUCAAGGAUCGUAUGAAAAGGAGAAUCACAGAUCUGGAAGCCUACCUUCAAAUGAUGCAUUCCAUUCCUUCUCCUUCGGACAUCGCCAAUUUUGCUGGCGGAUUGAAUCAGUUUAUUGGCAAGGACACGAUUUUUGGCGACAAGACGCCAAAGACGGUCAAACAAACUAGGAUCCGCGUGUGGACUUACUAUUGCAAGCGGUGGGACCGGCGUCUAGCCAGACUCGGAAAAGAGCUUAAUAAAAAGAAAGAAGCUAUCGAGGCUGCAGAGGCUGCAGAGGCUGCAGAGGCUGCGGAAGCUGCGGAGGCUGCGGAAGCUGCGGCUAAGGAUUCGAAGAAGGGCAAUCAGAAAGCCACCAAAAAGUCGGCGAAGUGA